AUGGCGUCGCGUGCUCACCCGGUCCUCCCCAGCCUCGAUGCCAUGGAGCCGGAGCGGCCGCCGCCGGCACUCAUCAGCGAGCUCCUCGAGGAGAUCUUCCUCCGCGUCGCGUCCGCCACGGAUCUCGUCCGCGCCUCCGCCGCGUGCGUCUCCUUCCGCCGCCUCAUCAGCAACCCGUCUUUCCUCCGCCGAUACCGCUCCGUCCACCCGCCGCCACUUCUCGGCUUCCUCAACACAGCUGGCUUCCACCCUGUCGAGGCAACCCAUCCCUCUGCCGCUGUCGCCCGGACCGUCGACUUCUCCCUCGACUUCCUUCCUCGCCCCGCCAGAUGGUGCCGCUGGUGUCUGUUUGAUGUCCGCGGUGGGCGUGUUCUCGUCGGACGCAGGAACGUGUGCGUCAAGAUCAAGAAGCUCGACAUGGGGAUGAAGCACCGCUUCUCCUGGGACCGCCUCGCGGUGUGCGACCCCCUGUUCCAGCGAUACGUGCUGCUGCCUCCCAUCACCGACGACCUACUCGCCUCCGUCGGCCUCCAUAACCAAGACUUGUUCUAUUCCGGGGUCUCCUUGAUCCCUUCUAGAGGCAUGGAGGAGGAAACAUCAUCCAGUGUGAUCUGCUGGAUGAUUUCCAAGAUAAGAUCCAAGACAAGAUUGUCGGUGUUUAUCUUCUCUACAAGCUCUGGUCAUUGGGCUGCUGGUACAUCUAUCAGUUGGGCUGAUUUAGGCUUGUAUGGAGAAGUUGACAGGCUAAUUUCAGGCCAAUGUGUCUAUGGUUGCUUCUAUUGGAAAGUAAACUGCAGCAACAAGUUGGUCAAGCUUGACAUGAACACUAUGGAGUUAUCCACAUAUGACCUCCCUCCUCAUCAUGAAAAGCAAAAUAUCUUCAUUGUGGAAUCAGGGGAAGGCAAGGUUGGGAUGCUUAGUCCACUUGACGGAGGCACAUCUUUGGAAUAUCACACCUUGUUGCAAAAUGGCACUGAUAAGUCCUAUAAGUGGCAUUUUAAGAGUACCAUCCCAUUGCCUGUCCAUGGUACUAGUAAAUUUCUUAUUACUGGUCAUGCUGAAGGAUACAUUUUCCUAGCUCACCUUAUAAAAGAACAAGAUACAACAUAUUCAGAGUUUAUCUCUCUCGAGUUUCCCACCAUCUAUGUCACCAAGGAGGAUUCAAGGAUAUGGAGAGGCCCCGUUGGAGUUCGCCACAUCACCAAUGAAGGCCCCGACUGCCAUAACUCCGGCAGUCUCAUCACCAGCUUCGCCAACAACCCCGCCAGCACUAGUGUCACCAAUGCAGGCGAUCAUCCAUGCACCGACAUUGGCGGACAUGGUGCCUUUGUCGCUGCCUCUACGAGCCACAGCACCGAUCCCUCGAGCAGGGCCGUGGCUGUUGGCAUGCGCUUGUUCUCCGCCGGCUCAGCAGCAGGCCUUCAAAGCUCCAUCGGUCGCUUGGAGUACGCCUCCAGCACAGCCCCGCUCGGCUGCACCCAUAGUGGGAGUGGCUGCUCGUGGAGGGCACCAUCGACUCCACGUGCAGGCGCUCCAUGGAUUCGAUCCGGGCGGAUUCGAUUCCACGCAGAUCAGAUGGAGCAGCCAAGUUUGGCACCUCGAGGAGGAAGCAGGUCUGCCAUGGCGAUCUUCUCUGGACCGCAAGGUCUUUCGCUCCAGCAAUCGCCACAGCUCGAGGACGAGCUGUCUUCGAGGGGUGGAGUAGUGUUAUGGCAAGUAGAGUCGGCCCAGGGGCCCACGCGGUCUAGUACUCAUCCGGGCCGGGGGCUGUUUGGCGACUCGCUGCUGUUUCGGAGCAUUGGAGGCUUGGAGCAGAUGCAUCCUUAUGUAUCUCACUUUCUCUGUUCUACAGUUCUACUAGGUGCUUUCGGUUGCCGUGGACUCUACGAAUGUCCGAUGAAUGCUGUUUGGUUUGACGCAAUGUCAUCGUCAUGUACUCCUACAUACGGUGCUGACAAGGUUGCAUUGCUUGGUUCUCGUGCACAACAUUGCAGGUGGACCGGAGAUACCGGCGGUUGCGGGCGGGUUCGAGGCGGUUGCCGGGGAGCGCGCGGCGCUGCGCUGGCGUCGCGCACCAUCUCGCGGCACUUCCGGAGCCUCCGGGACGGCGUGGUGGCGCAGCUGCAGCCUCCACCGAAAAAUAUACGAGUCUUUGCCAGGCUCCGCCAUGGCUGUCUCUGUCUCGAGGUUGGAGGCCGAGAGGAGGAUCUUACUUCUUAUCUGCAGCCCAAAGCAAGAGCAGAAGAAGUCUUCAGGCUUUGCCAGAGCAUUCAGAUUUCAGAUUCACUGGCAACGAUCUGA